GCGUCGUGAACGCGCGGUGACACUAAAUCCGCUAGAUCGCUAAAUCCGUCCGACACACCGAGGGGAGAAAGAUGACUGUUUUUACCGUUUUACCGACUGUAAAUACUCGGAUAUAUUCCUACCGGGAGGUAAACUGAAGUCGGGCCGUGUGUCGGAGUGGUCACUCAGGAGCGGGGACGCGGUUUUCUCCUCUUUUCUCUCCUGUUUUGGUUGAAGAAAGAAGCCCCUCGGGGCUGUCGGGCCAGGAGUUGGAACAACGAGCCUCCACCAGCAUUUCCCCACUUCACAUUUCCACCACGAACGCUCCCCUUGAGUGGAUUAAAAAUGCUCGGACACGCUUAAAGCGACGUUUCGUGUGAAGUUUGAGGGGUCAACAAUGAGCCGUGAUGUGUUGAGCCGCUCCUCGGUGGACUGGUCCAAACCGUGUCAAAGGCGACGCUAAUUUUUUUGUUUUUCCAAAACUUCAAUUUAAUUAAAAAUAAUAAUAAUAAUAAUAACGUGUAUUUCUCAUAGCUUCCGUUUAAAAACAGCCGGACACACAUGUGAGGACCAGCGGCUUUCCUUUGUGUGCUUCAGACCGGGAGAAGUGUUGGAAAAGUUGAGUUCGCUUGUGGAGGUUCGAGGGGAUUCAGGAUGUCGUUCUUUAAUUUUCGAAAGAUCUUCAAACUGGGAUCAGAAAAGAAGAAGAAACAGUACGAAAACGUGAGGAGGGACGAAAAUCCGGAGGAGAUCUGGGACAUCAUUGGAGAGCUGGGAGAUGGAGCAUUUGGAAAAGUCUUCAAGGCUCAGAACAAGCAGACGGGCGUCCUGGCUGCAGCCAAAGUCAUCGACACCAAGACGGAGGAGGAGCUGGAGGACUACAUGGUGGAGAUCGACAUCCUGGCCUCCUGCGACCACCCCAACAUCGUCCAGCUGCUCGACGCCUUCUACUACGAGAGCAAGCUGUGGAUCCUCAUCGAGUUCUGUGCGGGCGGAGCCGUGGACGCCGUCAUGCUCGAGCUGGAGAGACCCCUGACGGAGCCCCAGAUCCGCUCGGUGUGCCGCCAGACCCUCCAGGCGCUCGUCUACCUCCACGAGAACAAGAUCAUCCACCGAGACCUGAAGGCCGGGAACAUCCUGCUCACGCUGGACGGCGACGUCAAGCUGGCUGACUUCGGUGUUUCUGCCAAAAACACUAAAACCCUGCAGAGGAGAGACUCCUUCAUCGGAACGCCUUACUGGAUGGCCCCCGAGGUGGUGAUGUGCGAGACGUCCAAGGACCGCCCCUACGACUACAAGGCCGACAUCUGGUCCCUGGGGGUCACCCUCAUCGAGCUGGCUCAGAUCGAGCCGCCCAACCACGAGAUGAACCCCAUGAGGGUGCUGCUGAAAAUCGCCAAGGCGGACCCGCCGACGCUGAUGCAGCCGUCACGCUGGUCUCCGGAGUUCAGCGACUUCCUGAAGCGCUGUCUGGACAAGAACGUGGACAACAGAUGGGGGGCGGCGCAGCUGCUGCAGCACUCCUUCGUGUCCAGCCUGAGCGACAGCAGGCCUCUGCGGGAGCUGAUCGCCGAGGCGAAGGCGGAGGUGACGGAGGAGAUCGAGGAGGAAGAGGAGGAGGCCGAGGCACAUCUGGGUCACAAGCGAGCGGCCUCGGACGUCAGCGUGGCCAGCUCGGAGGAUGAGAAGAUCCCGCUCUCCCCCUCCAUCCUGGAGUCCGUCCCCGAGAAGGCCGAGCCGUCCCUGCCCGUCCCCCCUGAGACCCCCGCGGUCAACCACGUGGUGGACACCAGCUUCACCGAGGAGGCAGCAGCCCAGGAGGAGCAGCAGGAGGAGCAGCAGGAGGAGAAAGCUCCUGCUGCCGUGGAAGACGUGUCCUCCCCUGGGGCUGAGCCUGAAGCUCCCGUGAAGGAGCUGCAGCAGCUGGAGAUCUCUGUGGAGGACGAGAAGGAGGUGGACACUGCAGAGCAGGAGACGCAGGAGACGCAGGAGGAGCAGGAGACGCAGGAGGAGCAGGAGACGCAGGAGGAGCAGGAGACGCAGGAGGAGCAGGAGAUGCAGGCCGACACUCCUCAGGAGGAGAAGACUCCUGUUGUGGAGGACGUCGGCACUCCACAGGAGCAGGAGGAAGAGGAUGAGGAGGAGCGAUACCGACACCUGAAGGUGACCCUGACUCUGCCGGAGCAGGAGAAGGUGGGCCUGAAGGAGGAGAACGAGGAGGAGAAGAAACCCGAGGAGGAGAAGAAGGUUCCAGACCGAGCCAAAGACGACAAGGAGAGAGACUCCGACUCAGGGAGCAGCAGUCUGGACCUCAACCUGUCCAUCUCCAGCUUCCUGUCCAAGGCCAAGGAGCCCGCAGCAGCAAACACACAGGAAGCCAAGCGACAAAAGAAAACUCUGAAGAAGACUCGGAAGUUCAUGGUGGACGGAGUGGAAGUCAGCGUGACCACGUCCAAGAUCGUCACCGACAACGACACCAAGAACGAGGAGAUGAGGUUCCUCAGGCGUCAGGAGCUGAGGGAGCUGCGUCUCCUCCAGAAGGAGGAGCAGAGAGCUCAGCAGCAGCUCAGCAACAAGCUGCAGCAGCAGAAGGAGCAGAUCUUCCGGCGCUUCGAGCAGGAGACCACGAGCAAGAAGCGCCAGUACGACCAGGAGGUGGAGAACCUGGAGCGGCAGCAGAAGCAGACCAUCGAGCGUCUGGAGCAGGAACACACCAACCGGCUGAGAGACGAGGCCAAACGUAUCAAAGGAGAGCAGGACAAGGAGCUGUCCAAGUACCAGAACGUCCUGAAGAACCGCAAGAAGGAGGAGCAGGAGUUUGUGCAGAAGCAGCAGCAGGAGCUGGACGGCGCUCUGAAGAAGAUCAUCCAGCAGCACAAACACGAGCUGGCCACCAUCGAGAGGGACUGUCUCAACCACAAGCAGCAGCUCCUCCGAGCUCGGGAGGCGGCCAUGUGGGAGCUGGAGGAGCGCCACCUGCAGGAGAAGCAUCAGCUGUUCAAGCAGCAGCUGAAAGACCAGUACUUCAUGCAGAGACACCAGCUGCUGAAGAGACACGAGAAGGAGAUGGAGCAGAUGCAGCGCUACAACCAGCGGCUCAUCGAGGAGAUGAAGAACAAGCAGACGCAGGAGAGAGCGCGGCUGCCCAAGAUCCAGCGCAGCGAGGCCAAAACACGUAUGGCCAUGUUCAAGAAGAGCCUCCGCAUCACCGUGGCAACCAUCACCCCCGAGCAGGAGAGGGAGAAGGUCAAACAGUUCGCAGCCCAGGAGGAGAAGCGUCAAAAGAACGAGCGUCUCCACCAGCAGCAGAAACACGAGAACCAGAUGAGAGACCUCCAGCUGCAGUGUGACGCCAACGUCAGAGAGCUGCAGCAGCUGCAGAACGAGAAGUGCCACCUCCUGAUCGAACACGAGACCCAGAAGCUGAAGGAGCUGGACGAGGAGCACAGCGUGGAGCUGAAGGAGUGGAGGGAGAAGCUCCGGCCCAGGAAGAAGGCGCUGGAGGAAGAGUUCACUCGCAAACAGCAGGAGCAGGAAGUCUUCUUCAAGAUGAGCGGAGAGUCCGAGUGCCUUAACCCGUCCACCCAGAGCCGCAUCUCCAAGUUCUACCCCAUCCCCAGCGUGCACUCCACCGGAUUCUAGUCCCGCCCUGGAUUCUACCCCCGCCCUGUCACUCCACCGGAUUCUACCCCCACCAUCUCACUCCACCGGAUUCUCGGCCUGCCCUGGAUUCCAGCCCCGCCUUGUCACUCCACCGGAUUCUAUCCCCACCAUCUCACUCCUCCGGAGUCUAGCCCCGCCCCUCUCCUCCAAUGAUAUCUCGCCCUUAUUCUUCCAUGGCUUGUUACUCCGCCCCUUCCAACGUAUUCCAACCCAGCAACCUCAAAUGGAUUCUAGCCCCUCCCCCUCCACUGACCGCCCUAACGGUAAAGAGACUGGAGCUUCUUCCUCCCUUCCUCUCCUCUUUCACCUCUGACCUUUGACCUCUGCUUGAGGCCUCUUUCAUGUUUCUGAAGACGUUUUCCUCCUUGAAUCCAGUGCCUGUAGAGUCCGAAUCCAGGAUCUUCUGAUGAUUUGCUGCUCGUUUGGACUUUUGCACUAAAGAAGCGACAGAAGUUUUCUACCACUCAACUCGUUUGAUCAUGAUGGAUCAAGAUCGAAUGUGCUCCUGAUGGAGGUUUUUAUUGCCACUCCCCAUGAUACGCUAUUUUUAUGGAAUCACACCGAUUUCUUAGAUUUUUAAAUGCAACUAUUGAAGAAACGAGUUUCUGCUGCAGGUUUCUCUUCCCUCCAGCUUUGAGGACAUGACUGUUACUACGUGCAUCAACCACUACAGCUAGCUUUAUCUGUUUAAAGGUACAGUACGUCAGAUUGAAGUAAAACCCACAUCUGUCCACUGGGUGGCAGCAGUGAGUCCAAGCUUCUUCUUCUUCUUCUUGUAUUGUUGUUGGACUGUAUUCAGGACUCACUGCGCCAUCCAGCUGGUACACAGUGGUAUUGCAGUACUGUGGUCGCUGAAGCCAGCUGGUUAGCAUGUUAACUUCAGGAACUAAAGCAAAUGGAAACCAUGACUUGUUUUCUUGUAUUAGUUGAUGUUCAGACUGUAGAAUGAAGGAUCUUUCUUACUGUACCUUUUGAAGUUUGAUACUCUACAAAAUGAAAAGCUCCAAAAGUUCUGCUAGCAUGUUUUUAGCUUUUUAUUUCAGUUCGUAGCCUUAAGGAAAUCAGUGUUUUUAUUUUAAUGAUUUGAAGGGUUUUUUUAAGAGAAUCAAACAGUUAAAAAAAAAAGACAAACGGCCAUGUUUCUUUUAUUUAAUCAGAUUUAUUAUGAACGAUACGAAAAAAAAUCAAUCAAAAAAGUGGACCUGACUGGUUUAGGCCAUAGAGACCUCUGAUUGGUCCAUUUGAUCUCCUUUCUAAUUGGCUGCUGUGAGGUUGUUAUGUACAAUAUGAAGGAGUGCUGUGCACCCAAUUUACUACAAAGCAGAAACAUGGACACAUAUCAAAUCUUCAGAAUGUCUCUCAUGUGGCUGUAAAUAAAGUUUCUCUUCUUGAA